AUGUUGCCUUCUGAAUUCCGUUUAUUUCAUUGUCUCUUUAUCUCUCUCUUUCUCUCUCUCUUUCACUUUAUCUGUCUCUUUCUAUCUCUCUUUCUCUUUACCUACCUUUCUUUUUUACUCUCUCUCUCUCACUUACUUUCUCUCUCUCCUUUUUUCUCCCUUUCUUAUCUCUUCUCUUUUCAUCUCUCUUUCUCUCUCUUUCUCUCUCUCUCUCUUUCCUUUCUGACUUUUCUCUCUCCUUCUCCCACUUUCUCUUUCUCUCUCUUCUCUCUCCCCUUCUUUUCCUCCUCUUUCUCUUUCCUUUUCUUUCUCUCUCUAUUUCUUUCUCUCUCUCUCUCUCCUUUAUCUCAUUCUUUUUUUUUUUAUCUCUUUCUCUUUUAUCUAUCUUUCUCUCUCUCUCACUUUCUCUCCCUUUCUCCCUCACUUUCCCCCUCUCUUUAUCUUUCUUACCAUUUAUCUCUUUUUCUCCAUCUGUCUUUCUCUAUCUCUCUUUCUCUCUUCUUCUCUCUCUUUAUCUCUCUCUUCACUUUUUUUCUUUAUCUCUUUCUCUCUUUUGUUUCUCCCUUUUCUCUUCUAUCUUUUCUCUUCUCUCUCUCUCUUGUCUUUCUCUCCCUUUUCUCUCCUACCUCUCUUUUCUCUUUUCUUUCCUAUCUUUCUCUUCUUCUUUCUCUCUCUCUCUCUCUCUCUCUCUCUCUCUUUAUUCUUUCCUUUGUCUAUAUAUAUCUAGUGGAAAUCUUUCUUUUCUUUGUCUCUCAUUCUCUCUCUUUGUUUCUCCUUUUCUCUCUUUCUCUAUCUCUCUUUCUCUCUUCUUCUCUCUCUCUUUCUCUUUGUCUCUCCUUCUCUCUUUUUGUUUCUUCUUUUCUCUCUCUCUACCUCUCUUUCUCUUUUCUUUCUCUAUCUCUUUCUCUCUGUUAUUUACGUCUUAUGUUUCUUACUCUCUCUCUCUCUCUCUCUCUCUCUCUCUCUUUGCUUCUAUUCCUCUCUCUCUCUAUAUAUAUAUCUAUCUUUCUCUUUUAUUUCUCUCUCCCCUUCUUUCCCCUCUACCUCUCUCUCAUUCUCUAUGACACAUUCCUUUACAUUUCUUCUCUCUCUCUUGCCAUAUCUCAUCUCUCUCUCCUCUCUAGUAAAUCUAUGAUACGUUUCUUUCUAUUUAUCUAUCUUUCUCUCUUUUCUCUAUUUCCUCUCUCCCUCUCUCUUUUUAUAAUGUAA